GGCUGGAAGGAGAACGCCACUAAGGAGGGGCGGGCCUCCAGGGAAGGUAGAUGGGUUUCCAUACUUUGCUUUUCGUACGCGUGUGGUUUUGGGAGCUCUCAUUUUCCUGUAAGAAUCGGGGAGGACCCCUGGGAAAAUGAGUCUGGCCUUUCUGAGCUGUUGGCUGCGACUGCAGAGCUCCCGUGCGAAUACCAUGCACCCAUUCUUGGCACUGGAUGGUAGCCAAUUAGUGCCACAUUGAAAUGCAUGGCACACGGUAAGGAACAGCAGAGCACAUUAAGGGGCACACUUGCAGUGUUUACUUAGUGCCAUAUAGUUUAACUUUACCACUUGAAUUUAGGGUAGAACCGAAAUCUAGAAUUGCCCGAUUGGGGAGGGGGUAGGGAUAUCCUAUGUUUAUGAGCAGCAAUUUCCAGAAUUUACGGUAAACAACGAAGGGAGAGGACUUGGAACAGUAAAGCAGCCUACGGUUAUUGGUGAGGCUGUCAUGAUUAAUAAGCUGCAGGAGCAACAAAAUAAUCUUCGCUGAUUGUUUGCUCCAGUAAUAAGGCUAUUUGCAGCACAGAUGCCCAUGGGUUCCAGGUUCAGACCUCAUCUUUGAGAACAGUGCUGACUAUACAAAAUUACUGUGUGGCCAUAAAGAUAACUGCUCUGAGAAACACAAGCCUCCUGAAAGAGACCUAUUUAUAGUAGCUUUGGGAAGCCUAGUCUGGGCUUUCUGAUUGGGUCAAAGUAGAGUAACGUGGUAGCCAAUGAAAAGAUAGACUUUCAAGUGUCGUUUACGUUGGCAUUUGUGACGACACACUAAAAUUAAUCCAAUCAUAAAUGAAAUCUUAUUAACCUCAUUUGAAUACCGCGUCUAUAAAUGAACCUGGCCUCGCUGGGGGUGAUUAUUUUCCCAGGUGCUCGCGAUAGUGUAGUUUUUUAGUGCUACGAUGCCUGAACCCACGAAAUCCGCUCCUGCCCCAAAAAAAGGCUCCAAGAAGGCGGUGACCAAGGCGCAGAAAAAGGACGGGAAGAAGCGCAAACGCAGCCGUAAGGAGAGCUACUCCGUGUACGUGUACAAGGUGCUGAAGCAGGUCCACCCCGACACUGGCAUCUCGUCUAAGGCCAUGGGCAUCAUGAAUUCCUUCGUCAACGACAUCUUCGAGCGCAUCGCGGGCGAGGCGUCUCGCUUGGCGCAUUACAACAAGCGCUCGACCAUCACCUCCAGGGAGAUCCAGACGGCGGUGCGCUUGCUGCUGCCGGGGGAGCUGGCCAAGCACGCGGUGUCCGAGGGCACAAAGGCCGUAACCAAGUACACCAGCUCCAAGUAAACUUGCCAAGGGAGAGAGAUGAAUGCAGAGAAGAAAUAAAUGCAUAAAAUAACUGAAAAUAUGAAUCUACGCAUAGAAUUUAUGAAGUAUGAAAAGUCUGAUCUGCCUGAGAAUGACUGACUAUAGUGUCAUACUGAAGUGGAAGAUUGGAAAAUUCCACUAAAGCAGAAUUUUUAGAAAUUCCAC